UCUGGAAGUUUUUGACAUUUUAUUAUGUUUUUAUAUUCUGCUGGAAGCCGCCCCGAGUAGCUGGGGAAACCAAGCCAGAGGGGCGGGGUAUAAAUGAUAAAAUUAUUAUUAUUAUAGGGGUUAGCCACCGUAGGAAACCGUAAGAAAUGGGUCGCUGGACCAGAUGGGUCCUCGAUCUCACCUAGGGAAACUCUUAUGAGAUGAGAGGGAGAAGGAAUUAUAAGCGGCGGCCAACCGCAGGGUGGAAACCGCGCCGCGCCGCCCACUCACCCCUCGGAACUCGGGCGCGGCGAGGUGGCAAUGGCAGUCCACCGCCCCCAUCCCGACGACGCGCGCGGAACCGAACGCCUAGGGGGCUUCGCUUUCCAGCCGGACCUAUUUUGCCGAAGCUCCCUCUCUCGCGCGCGCGCACAGCCAACCCGCCUUUCAAUACGGCUCGGCUUAGCACUGCUUCCGGUUGAGGGAGGGAGAUAAAAAAAAAUCAACGAACGGUUUAUCCGAGAGAGCGGGAAAAAGGCAGGCCGAGAUGGAGGAGGCGCCGCCGCCGCCACCGGCUGCUGCUGCUUCCCCUCGGGACUGCCGGGUGCGGUGCUGCUCGCGGCGCCAGACGGCCGAGUUGUUGGACUACUGCCAGCCUUUCGUGCGGAAGCUCGGGGAGGGCCAGCCGGUGGAGGCCGAGAGCUUGGAGCAGGCCGUGGUCGAAGCGAUCUGGGUAAGGGCGGCCCAGCUGAAGGGGCGGCUGGGAAGGGGGAGGCCCACACGACACCCCCCCCCCCACACAACUACAGCUUUCGGGCGGCGCGGGUUGCCCAGUUUCUAAGGCGUGUCAGAUCCAAAAUCAUUUCUCUCCAUUGCGUGUCAUUGAAUUGCUUGUGGAGCCUUGUUCUGUGGUGCUGAGAUGUUUGGUGCAAUAAUUUCUUCUUUAAAAACUGUUACUUUUCCAUAUAUAAUAGAGUAUUAUUCUUAUUUAUUCUGCCUUUUCGUCCUGACAGGGGGUCAAGGCGGCUUUAAGAUAAAAGAGAAACAGAUCGUUGCAAUACAAACAUCACAGCUCUAGCUGUUUCCUUAAAUAUAAUUUUAAAUGCAGUAAACCACAACAGCAGCUAGCCGUGUCAUUUUUUGAGGUGGGAACAGGGGAAGCAUAUUGGCAGCUUAAAAACAGAACCAUGACUUAAAUGCAUGUUAAAAGCUCCCAUCCAAUAAGUCUCUCCGGAUGUUUCCUCUGAGGCAGUGCUGUUUUUCUAGAAAAAGAGGUGCUGGCGCUCGCAAUGAACGCCUCCCUUGUUCUCCUAUAAUGGCAAUGGCACCCACCUGAGAGGUGCCGGUACUGAGUUCCAGUGAGUUCUGGCUGGGGGGGAAAGCCCUGGUCUGAGGAGGUUGUCUUGAUUUCUUGCUUCUCAUCUCAUAAGGAGAUGAAUGGAUGCCAGGUGUAAAAGUAUAGAGGACUCAUCUUGACUCUGGCAAGACCAUACCUGCGAGUAUCAGGAAUUUAUUGACAGGCCUGCUGCAGAACAUCAGCAUUUAGCAAUUUCUAAAUGAGCAGCGACCAACAAAAACGUCAUUAUCUCCUGAUGAGUUACAUGUUGAUUUGAUUCACCCAUUAUUCCUAACAAGACUAACAAAGGAGUUGGGUUUAUCUUUGUAUUUGCAAUAAUCCCUGACAAGGUUCUUUUACCUUUAAUAUGGCAUCACAGGUUUUUUUGCUUUUUUAAAGAAUCUAUUUAUUUGUUUUUAGUUCAUUUCCCCACACUUUUCUGUAAAAUCAGCCAAAGAUAUAGAUAGGAAGUAGAUAAAUGUAUAUAUAUUUAAAUAUAUAAUUUUGACAAUAAACAACCAGUAGUAUUGAAACAGUAUGAACAUGGAUGGAACCGGAAAACAUACAGAAAAUGCUUGUUUGAAUAACAAGGUUCUCAAGAAAGGGAGCCCAUCAGACCACCCCAGGGAGGAUAUUCCACAGGUGGGGUGCUGCAACUGAGAAGGGACUGAGGUGCUGUCCUUGGUACCUGUCAAAUAGAUUUCCAGGGCAAAUAUUUCAGAGACCAGGGCCUUUGAUGCUGAUCAUAAGGCGCUAGAAGGCUCAUAUGGGUGAAGGUGGUCUUUUAAGGUUAACCCAAUAUAUAACAUUAAUUCUGGAAAUGAAUGAAGUUAUAAUUCAGUGGUUGAAGUUUCAUGAGUCCUCCUUUCAGUGCUAGGAAAAACAGCCCCUGUAAAUUUUCAUGGUUCCAGGAUCUGGUUAAAAUAGUGAUAUUAUAGAUGGCUAUUGUAUAAUUCUAUUUAAAAAAUUGCUUUUUCUAAAUGUUUAAAGUAGUUCACAUACAGUGUAUUACAGUGAAAGUAUACAUGUUUAUUUGGAAAUCCAAUUGUGUUAAGUGAGGCUUAUCCUUGGCUUAGUAGGUAGGUUACUUUAGGAGUACAGCCUUUGUGAUUCUUGCAGCAGACGUAUUGACUAGGCCAGCACUAUCGCCUAUAUUACAGGGUUGUAUUCUUUCUCUUCAAAGUGAACCGAAGUAUGUUAUAUUCCACUUCUCUCUGCUGUUUCCCCUAAUUUGUUUUCCUUACCAACAUAAAGGCACUGUUUGCAUUUUUUGGCUCCAAAAUGUUUUGGGUCAUUCUUCUGAGUCUGCAUGAAUUGGUUGUAAAAAGGAUGUGAAAUAUAUUCUCUGUUCAGCCUUAUCUGUUUAUGAAGGCCUUUUCCUAUGGUACGGUUGGCGUAUUAUUGGGGGGGUGGUGCUGUUACAGACAUCCUUACUUAGGAUGGGUGCUGGAUAACAUGGCUACUAUUUAUGUGUGUUUGUUGGUUAAAUCCCUCUCUGUAGUCCCACAGCAGGGGCUUUGAUUUAACUGUUUGUGGAAGCAUGCUUGUGAAGGGACUCUGUGACCACUCAGUCCUUGCCCAGAAGAACUAAGAAAGAAUGAGGCACUUUUAAAACAAAACAGGAAGUUUAUUUGUCUGCGCAUAAAGAGGUUAUAGUUUAGUGGUUACUUUUGCAAGGCACAAUACUUUGUUUCAAAUAGACACUCUCAACAGAGAUGGUUAAUAACUAUCUUAACACUUCCAUCCUGUAAGUGGGCAGAGAAAUUCUUUCUAGGAUGGUUAUUGUUUUACACUAUACAUAAAACACUUCCUGCUUUUCCUAUAGUCCAAACCUUCCCCUCAGGUAGAUCUUUGUGUGCCCACAGAUAAUCUUUGUCUGUUUCCACUGACAGAUAAAACCUAAGUCCACUCAGAUAACCAGAGAUUCCUUCUGCCUACCCAAAUAGAAAGUCCCUAACCUGAAACCCAGGUCCCUGUCCCUUUCGGACUGUUAAGUGUAAGCAUCUAUUCCACACUCUCUCUCCUGAGUGGCUGAACUACUAGCCAUCUCCCACUGGUUGUUGGGUCACCAGGAGGCAGACCCAAGGUCUGUCCACCACAGCCUCUGUCUCCAGAGUAAUGUGAGCCAGCUUUUCUCCAUAGCUCGCUACUUUAUGCUACACAGAAGUAGAAAAAAAGAUGACAGUAUGAGGUAGUUUAUGGAGUGUUAUAUUGCAUCAAUAGAUUAAUUAGCAUUUUUAAGAGUUCUGAUGUAUACAUUUUCUACAGAAUUUCGAAACAGCUGUACAAGAGAAUAUUACUGUUAACGGACUCCCAUGGCAGGAGUCAUCAGAUGAUCCUCAAAAUGGUAUGUGAACUUUUGAAUAUAUUUUUCUUAUUUCUGUGCUGACUUAUUUAUGUUUUAGUCUUCUGCCUAUGAACCCCAACAAAUGUAUGAACAGAGGGUAUCUGCAGGUGCCUUUUAAUAUACUGGUCCCCUGGCGAAUAGACAUUUUGUUGUGGCAACCGCAACCCAGCUUUAAGGUGCCAUUUGGCACCUAGCUUAAAUAUCUUGAGUUUCUAACAGUGGUUGGGAACCGUAUUUUUAGGUGAGGCAAAAGGAUAUGUGUAAGCUGCCAGACUCCAAAAAUAACUUUUUAUAAUUUUUAAGUGUACCUGAAGCAAUAGGAACAUCUGCAGGGAAGUUGCAUUAAUUUUUUGUCUUCAAUUGAUGAAUCUUUUGAUAUUCUUUUAUCACCAAUUGUACAAUACAAUGUUAAUAAUAAUAAGUUUGUGUUUUUUAAAAAUAUUGUCAGGUUUUGUUAUUACUAUAUUUGUACUAUUUGUAGGACUAAAAAAGCCCCCAAAACUUCCUUUUCCCAGGAUUUUCUUUUUUUUUUUUUUGGUGUUACCAUGUUUGUCCAGCAGGGGAUGCUCAAAAUACAUCCUUGGCAGUAGCAGUACCUCUGUUUAAGAGGGAUAGCUAAGUUAGUCUUUUGCAGCAAAAUCAACAAAAAGUCUUGUGGCAUCUAAAAGACAAACAAGCUUAUUAUGCCACAGGUUUGUGAACUAGAGGAAGUAGAUUCUGGCUUAUUAUAAUAAUAAAUGCUCUUUGUGCUUUAUUCAUCUACCUUACCUAGAAGCUGGUCUGUUAGCCAUUUCUUUGGAAAUAAUUUAAUUUUUGAGUAAAUCUUCUAAAUUAGAUGCCUGGUUUUUAGAAUGGAAGUACAGCUAAAGGUUUUGCUGUCUUAAUUUAAUCACUCGUUGCUAUGAACCUGCUACCACCUGUUGGGAACAAGAAAUAACUAUAGCUAAAAACUUUGCUGUCUCUAGGUGUGUGGGUUUUUUUUAAUGCAACUUACUUUGAUGGCAUCUCCCUUUUGAAGCUGUUGUUUUCUAGUCAGAUGAGGUAGAUAGCCUUCUGUUCCAGUUCCCUCACCACCCCAAUUAGCAGUUACAGCAUUGCGGUAGUUGUGAACUGCAACUUUAAUUGUACCUAAAGUUGCCCAGUUCUACAACUUGGUGUAUCCAUCUUCUCUGGUCCUUCUCUGCUUUAAAAUGUGCUGAUCAGAUCAAACCUAGAGUCCUGUUUCUAGUUCUGGGUACCACAGUUUCAAGGAGGGCACUGACCAUUUGGAGUGUUCUCAGUGGAGGGCAACCAAGAUGGUGAAAGAUCUGGAAACCAACCCAAAUCCUUAUGAGGAGCAGUUGAAAUGAUUCAUUAUGUUUAGCCUCAAGAGGAGAAGAUGAAGGGGUGCAGAGGAGACACGCAUGACAGCAGUCUUUCAAACAUUUGACAAGUUGUCAUACAGAAGGCUAUGCUCUGCCGCCGCAGAUGGAGGUAGUUAUGCUUCUGAAUACCAGUUGCUGAAAGCAGCAGGAGGGAAGGGUGCUCUUGUGUUCAGGUCCAGCUUGUGUGCUUUCCACAGGCAUCUGGUGAGCCAGAGUUAGAAUAGUAUGCUGUUUUAAAUGGACCAUUGGCCUGAUCCAGCAGGCUCUUUUGAUGUUCUUUAGAUGGAGCAGAAUUGCAUCUUUGCUCCAAGGCACAGGACUAGAACCAAUAGAUGGAAAUUUUAGGGAAGCAGAUUUCUGCUGCUCAUUAGUAGAACCUUUCUCAGAGUAGCUCAACAGUGUUCAAAAGCUGUUCAACAGUGGAACAGGCCACCUUGAGAGGUGAUGGACUAUCCUACUCAGGAGGUAUCUGAGCUGAGGCUAAAGAGCCAACUCUCAGGGAUGCCUCCUGCAUUGAGCAAGUAGUUGGACGGUUUGACCUGCAUCCCUUCCAACUCUAUGAUUCAUAGUUCCGCAUAUCCCUGAUCAAGAUGGAGUCAAGUACAGUGGUACCUUGGUUUACAAACUUAAUCCGUUCCAGAAGUCCGUUCCUAAACCAAAGCAUUCUUAAACCAAGGUGUGGUUUCCUAUAGCAAUGGGGGACUCAAUUUACAAAUGGAACACACUCAACAUGUUCUGUUUCCAAGGCAAAGUUCACAAACCAAAACACCUACUUCCGGGUUUGCUGCGUUCUUAAUCCAAGUUGUUCUUAGCUGUUCUUAAACCAAGGUACCACUGUAUAAUACAUCUUUCAAUUUUUAGUUCUUACGGUAACUGAAGAUAACCUUGUGUUUCUCAGGGAAUGGGGUGGGCAGAUACCUUAACCAUGCAUUUCUCAAAGCUCCUUGGGGAAUCUUUAAGACCACUGCGCUUGGAAGAGGAAACAUUUUUUGCAGAGAUAUUGCAAACAAGACUUUCACAUAGAUUGUCCAAAUAAUUUUACAUACCAUAUAUUCAUAUCUGUCUUGUGAAUUAGAUACGGAUAUCAAACUCCUUGAAGAUCAGCUUGAUGAGUUAAUAGUGGAGGUGGCAUCCAAACGCAAUCAGUAUCCCAGAAAAAUUCAAGUGCAUGUGGUCCAAGCACUUAAAAGAAAGCAAGAGUUAUUGGUGAGUAUCCUUAAUUCUUAGUUCACUUGAUGCAUUUCAAAAGAAGAAUGUUGUUCAUCUGUUGCUUAUGAGUAGGCCAGCAGAUACUUUUGAAUGUUAGAAAGAAAAUGUAAAUUCCAACUUUUAGACUACAUGAAUUCCUCUCCCUUAAUUUCGCUGUUAGGGAGAUCAUGCCAACAAUUGCUGUGAGGAUUGAUGAAGUUUGUGCUGAGUGCACACUUGCCCUACAAAUGUAUUUUAGAAUAAUACCUUUAAAACUGGUUUUUCAAUGCAAGUUUAUUUUUGUACCACCAGAAUAUGUUAAAUGCUUCUUGGGGGAAAAUGUUCUACUGAUCUCAAGUGUGAAGUGACACUUCUUUUGGUAGUGCGCAUAGGGCCAAAGAUAUGGUUUAGCAUGUCCAGGAUAUGGUUGCAAUUAAUUUCUCUUUCUCUGCAUCUUCUUGGGGCACAUCAGUCCUUCUAUCCUGAGUCUAAUUUUUAAAAGUGCAGAGUGUAUAAACAUUAGUUCCAACUUUGCCAUUGAGUGCUGAGUCGAAUCCUUAAAUUGAAGGUAUUGAUGAGUUAUAAACUAUCACAGUAUCUGAUUCUGCUCCUUGCACCCAUCCUGCAGGUUUUCCACUGGUGAGCAUAUUUGGCUAAAUGUUGCUCUCAAGAAUGUAUCUAGUGAAAUGCCAUCAAAUUUAAGUUUACCAGAUGGACAUAAUAAUGAAUAGAUAGUUCCUAGCUGCACUGUGUCUUCUGUUCCUUACUGUUUCCCUGCUGCAACUAUUUUAACCUCUCAGAUGCCAGCUGUGUGCAAGCUACUUUUCAGUAAAGAAAAGCUUUCCCCGUUUCCACUCUGUAUUUUUUAUUUUAUUUUAUCAGCACAUGUUGAAAGCUCAGAUUCUGUGUGCCUCUUACACCAGGCUCGUAAUCAUACUGCUAUACUGUAAGCACAAACAGUUUGUAUGAGAUAAUGCACAACUGGGUCAUCAAAUCUUGGUGACCAAGAAGUGAUCUGUGGGACAGAAAAGAUGCCUGCACUGGUUCUUUGAUUUUGAUUUUAAGAGAGAAGGAGGUGGCAUACAGUGAAGCUGUCAGUGGUUACUAGUUAUGAUAUUCACCUUCCACUGUUGGAGGCAGAAUGCCACUGAGUGAAUACCACUUGCCAAGAAACACAAGUGGGGAAAGUGACCGUGCUCUCAGGUCCUGCUUAGGGGCCUCUGUCUGGCAUCUGAUUGGCCACUGUGAGAACAGGAUGCUGGACUGUAAGGACUGUUGGCCUGUUUCAGCAGGCUGCUCUUAAAUUCACUUAGUUUUUGUGCCACUUCCUAAGCCUAGCAGCAGAGGGCAGUGUUUGGUCAUUCUUCUAAAUUGCAUUAGAAUUUGAAAAUGCAAUUGUUUGAUAGCUCAGGUUAAAAUUUCAAGUGUAUUAUCAUGGCAGUACAGUGGUACCUCGGGUUACAUACGCUACAGGUUACAGACUCCACUAACCCAGAAAUAAUACCUCGGGUUAAGAAGUUUGCUUCAAGAUGGGAACAGAAAUUGUGCUCCGGCGGCACGGCGGCAGCAGGAGGCCCCGUUAGCUAAAGUGGUGUUUCAGGUUAAGUUUCUGAUUAAGAACGGACCUUUGGAAUGAAUUAAAUACGUAACCAGAGGUUCCACUGUAUUUAGGCAGUCUAGAUAAAUGAGGAAAAUGGAACUGCUUUUGGUAGUUCUUUGUACUGGAACAAGAAUGCUGGAUACUACUGGAUAACCCUACUGCAUGCCUAUCAGAAUGAAUUCAAUUCUCCGUUUUCCAUACAAAAGAAUCAGACACUCUCAGUUGUGAAUGAUGUCCUGUUGUAAGCUUAAUAAAACUCAAAGCAAACCAAAUACUUAGCGAUGGAGGUUCUAAAUAUUAUAUUUGUUCAUACAGGGCUGCUAUCGACCUCUUGCGAAUCAUCAAGAGAUAAAAGCAGAACCUUCUCAAGGUAAUGGUUUGAAAUGAUGAAAUCAUAGUUUAAUGCUAGCCUGAAAAUGUCACCAUUGCAAAAAUAAAAAUAAAAUGCUGCACUUUUUCAUAUUCUCGACAGUUACAAUUUAAAACACUUACUGCUCUGUUCACUCUUUUCCAGAUAGCCAUGUUAAUCUAUUGCUGAAAAAACAGUGCAAAUAGAACAUUUAUUAUGGCAUAAGCUUCAUGGACUAGAGUCCAUAUCAUUGGAUGCAAGAAGUGUUAUCCUAAACUGGCAGGCAUAUAUACACACAGCUGUAGGGGUUUCUUUUUUUCUCUUCGCCUGUGUGUGUGUAUGUGUGUGUGUGUACCUGCCAGUUUAGCUGGUACACCUGACAUGGACUCUAGUCCAUGAAGCUUAUGCCAUAAUAAAUACGUUAAGUCACUAGAGCCUCUUGUUUAUUCUCUGUGGACAGUAGUGGCUUUGUUUAAAUAUUUUAAUUUAUUUAAAUGUUUGGGAAGCCAUCUCUUUGUGGUUUUUACUGUGCUAAGCUCCUUAGAGGCUGUGGUAAUUGUUGUUAGUAUUAUAAUAAUAUUUAUUUAUAUCCCACCUUUUUCCUUGACAGGCACUCAAGGCAGCUUACAGCUAAAAUAGAAACAGCUAAAAACAUAGAUAAAAAGCAAUCAUUAAAAAACAAUUAAACAUUAAUAGAAUAUAUAUAUAUAUAUAUAUAUAUAUAUAUAUAUAUAUAGUGUGUAUGUGUAUCUGUGUGUGUGUGUAGAUAGAUGGAUGGAUGGAUAUGGAUACAGUGGUGCCCCGCAAGACGAAUGCCUCGCAAGACGGAAAUCCCGCUAGACGAAAGGGUUUUCCGUUUUUGAGUUGCUUCGCAGGACGAAUUCCCCUAUGGGCUUGCUUCGCAAGACGAAAAUUUCUUGCGAGUCUUGAGAUUUUUUUCACUUUUCCCCCUUUGUCUUAUCUGCUAAGCCGUUAGUAGCCUUUAAUAGCCUUUUAGCAGCUAAUCCCCUAAGCCUUUAAGCCUUUAAUAGCCGCUAAACCGCUAAUAGCGCUAAUCCGUUAAGCCGCUAAUAGGGUUGCUUCGCAAGACGAAAAAACCGCUAGACGAAGACACUCGCGGAACGGAUUAAUUUCGUCUUGCGAGGCACCACUGUACAUAGAUAUAGAUAUAUAACAUACAGAUCAUUACAAUAAAAACAUCAUAGCGCCAGUGUCAGGACUGGUCGUUGUCCUCUUCAGAUCACCACACAAACGCUUCUUGUUCUUUUAUAACUUUUUAUUGCGUAUUAACAAAACAAUCUUAUAAACGGUUCUUAACUAUUAUUCCUCAGAGUCACUUCUUUCAGAUACCUUCUGAGCUCUGCUUCUCCAUGACCAGCCACCCUCAAAAUGUCGAACGCGCCCUUCCCUUCGCUUUCCGCUCUUUUUUCUAACCUCCUGGCUAGAGCUGGCCUGUCUCUCCCCUCCUCCGAAUCUGAGCUAGAACUUAACCCUUGCCUUUCCUGGGAACAGCCGGUCCCUCCCUGUUGUUCCCUUCUAUUAGAUUCACUGCUCUCCUCCCCCCCUUGGGGAAUGCUUUCUCCCUCUGGGAAACUGGAAUCUUCUAACUCUAACUCUUCCCUGACAACCAGCCCUUUCUGGACACCAACUUUGAAUUGUGCCCAGAAACACACUGGUAUGCAGUGGAGCAAUUGUAACAAGGGAGUUGUAUGACACCUAAAACCAGCCCCAGUCAGCAAUUUGGCUGCAGCCAUUGACAUUUCGGAGCACUUUGACUACUGUUCCAGUGCAGUCAUUCUGCCCCUUUUUUCUAGCCCAUGUUCCGUUCUUCAGAGGCACGGCUUUUCAUUUCAAAACUCUUCAAGUGGGGCACUAAACAGGAACGCAGGCUAGGAGCAUAGCAGUCUCUGCCUUAUGCCAGGCCAAGUUCUUUGUCCACUUACUUGGUCCACUUACUGACAGCAACAGUCCAGAAUCUUUGGCAGAGGUCUUUCCCAUCACCAGCUACUUGUACUGGGAUUCUCAGCAUUGAGUCUGGGAUGUCCGGACAUUGCAUGCAAAGCAUUGUGGUACCACUGAGCUACAAUCUAUCUCCUUGGUUAGUAGAUUGUGUGUGAAUUCUGGUUAGUAAAUGGUGAGAAUUCUGACACCCCAGCAUGUGAUUAUCAUUAACACUUUGUUAAACAUGCCCUUAAUUUAGAUCAGGGGUUCUCAAACUUUUUUCUCUGGCCAGAGAAUAAAAAAUUGCUCGCCCCACACCAAUUUUUUUUUAUUGAUAAGAAAUGCAUUGGAAAACAAAAGAAACAACUCCUAGCAGUGCUUUAUUUGUAGCAUGGAACACAACUACUUUAUAACAUGAUCAUGGGGCAUCCAGAAAGUAUAGAACAAUACAGCUACAUAAGAACAUGAAUCAUUCCCAAUAUAUAAUUAUAAACAAGCUUAUUACAUAUGUACCUUAAGUAUGUACACAAACUCCAUGAGAGGCUUGAGCUGUUUUUUCCGGGUAAUCUCAUUUAGAUUAGGUCUAAUUUGAGACAAACUCACUCUCAUCUCCUCAUCAACACAAAGAAGCCUUUCUCUUUUCUGAUCUUUCAUAUUUGUCAGAUUUGAAAAUCCCUGUUCAGAACAGUAAGUCGUGGAGAACUGUAGAAGAAUAGCCAAUGCUGUUGAAUAAAGGCAUAGAUACUGCUUCUGGUUGUGUAUGCAUACAACACUGAAAUAUUUAAAUGUUUCUUUGAUUGUCCUUGAAUCUUCUCGCCACCCUUGCCAUCCUCUGCCCUUUGAGAACCUCUGAUUUAGACAAAUAUAAAGUUUUUCCCCAUCAAAUUUGGGUUGAGUUCUGGUGACAUUUUUUCUGGCUUAGAGGAGCUGCUGCUUCCUGUGCAGCAAAGGAUCCCCACCCCCACCCCCAUAUCUGGCUUUGGGUGCAUUUGUGCUAGCAAGUUGCACAUGUUUCCAGAAGUUGCGUACAAACUGCAUUAAUCCUGUGGACUCACUGGGUGAUUUGAGGCAAGACACUUUGUCUCUCACCAGUAAAAAGUCAAUAUUAAUUAUUUAACUUGCAAAGUAUUGUAAGGAUGAGUAUUUAGAAGAAUUGUAAAUAACUUUCAAAAUGAAAAGAACUAUAAAUAUGUUUUAGUAACAAGCUUGAGUCCUUUUUUGCACAUUACAGACAGCGCCCAGCAGUGAGUGCUUCUUAACUUUGUGUCUUAGCAGAGCAGAAAUACAAAUUACUAACAAAAAAUAUCAUACAGAAUUAUGCACUGUGUUCAAAGUGUUUAUUUGCAUAGUUUCUGGGAUGUUCAUGCAUCCCUGUUUAGUAACUGGUGGCCAGAAACCAAAGAUAUUUAGAUUACUCACUACCUCUCAUUUCCUUUUUUCAUUUCCCUGUGCUUUGAAAGCCCUGAACGUAUUUCUGUUACUAAAUACCAAGCACCUUUAAUAUACUGUCAAGUAACAAUCUCUCCAGCGUAUUAUAUCAUAUAGGAACUGUUGGGCUAGAUCAGUUCAGAUGGUGCAGUUCUCUGUGUUCAAAAGAGGCCAGGCGGAUGCCUCUGAGAGGUUCACAACCUUUAGUUGUUUGUAAUAAACUUGUACUCCAGUUUCUAGCCGAGAUAGACAGGUACUCCGGUCUCUGCAGUGAUGGGCAAGAAUGUCCAGCACCCAACUGUUUAACAAUAGUAGCAACAAAAUGAUCCCUUGAACACUCUGCUGCUACCCUAAGUUAUAUAUUGCUAAAAUGAAGAAAGCUUGAGAUAACAAGGAGUGGAUUUCUGUCUGGAAGCAGUGGGAGAUUUAUUCAGUUCUGGUACUGACAACAAAUUGUUUUGCUCUACAUUAUUCAAUCUUGCUCCAGCUUCAAGCAUGUGGAUCUUGGGGUGCUAGUAAAAUACCAAGUAGAUCUUGUAAGCCUGAAGUCUGCCCACUGCUGCUCUAGCUUGCUGCAGCUCCUGUUAUUAUUGGUCCCACUUUUCCAGAUUGAAAACUGAGGAGAAGAAGGAAUUUUUUAAAUUUAAUUUAAUUUACAUACUACCCUAUACCUGGAGGUCUCAGGGUGGUUCACAGAAUAAAAUCAAAAUAUAAAACCACAAAAUACAUAAUCAAAAUAAAAACAACAACCCAAUACCUUGCCCUCCCCCAAAGAAACCCACAUUUUAAAAGGGCAUAGGAUGUCAAUAAAAUCAACCAAAGGCCUGGUUAAAAAGGAAUGUUUUUGCCUGGCGCCUAAAGGUGUAUAAGUUCACUCAAGGGGCUUGUGGGUGAGCUGGAGUUUGUAACGUACAACAUGCCUUGAUGAGUACAGGAGUAGCUUAUUGAGGAGCAGGAGGGACAGAGAAAAAUAAUGGAGAUAGAGGCAGGGGUAAAUGGAUGAAGAAUGGGUGUAUGUUUCAGAUGAAGGGUUUGAAGGUGGUAAGAGUAGUGGUGUCAUGCAGGUGUUCAAUAAGACAGCUGAAGCUGCUGUAUCUAGAGCAAAGGUAUGAAGAUCAUUGGCAGGAUUGUAAAGAGAUAAACAACUACCUGACAUUUAGAAGAUAUCUGAAGGCAGCCAUGUUCAGGGAAGUUUUUAAUGUGUGACAUUUUAAUGUAUUUUUAAUCUUUGUUGGAAGCCACCCAGAGUGGCUGGGGAAACCCAGCCAGAUGGGCGGGGUACAAAUAAUAAAUUAUUAUUAUUAUUAUCAUCAUCAUCAUCAUCAUCAUCAUCAUCAUUAAUUCUCCCACAUAAAUUAUGGGGUGCAAAAACCAUGCAAUCCUGGCCCUCCUGCCCAAUUCACAGAGGACUAUCAUGUGAGCUGACCUAAUAGGGCACUCCAACUCUGUGGCAACCUCCCAGACACAUGGAGCCAGUCCGUCAAACUCCAGUAACUGUUGCUGUUUUCUGGCUCAGAACUUGUGGGGGAAUUGUGGCACACUUGCCCACAAGGUCACUACGUUGUAUUGUCCUAUCAAGGCUCCUUACUGGAAAACCAUUGUACCUUUGAGCAAGGGAUCACAGGCGAACGCUCCUUAGGGUGGCUUUUAUUCCCACAUAGAUUUUCUUUUUUAAAUAAUAUUUAUUAAGUUUUCCAUUUUAAUAAUCCAAUAAAAACCACAUUAAAACAUUCCAAAUUACAGUACAAUAAAAAAAUCCAAAUAUAAAUGCCAAAUUAUAUAUCUUUGGGUGACUUCCCAUGCUCUGAAUUUCAUGAAGUGCUGAUCGUCUAAUAUCACAUUGCAUUUCUUAGUUAGUCAAUAAACCAUUCCGAUGUUAAUCCUUCAUUUAAUUUAAGUCCCACAUAGAUUAUGUCCUGUCUGCCUUCUCCACUGCUAGUGGACUGCAGACUGUCUUUAUAAGUUUCCUACUCCUAGUAUUCUUUCUGGAGUGAAGUGUUACCUUUGUGUCAAUUCUUUGUGUGUUUGCACUUUUAAUGUAUGGGAAAGUACUUAAGGAGUCAUUUCUAGCUAAUUUCAUUUUCAUUUUAUUAUUACAACAAUAUCAACUUUUUUUUAAUGCUUUUAACGUAAUCAUCACAUUUCUUAUAAUUUCUUAUUUCUUACUGAGUUUGACCCAACAGUGAAAGUUCUUGUUUUGCAGCAGGUGGGAUUUCCACUUCUUUGUUUCUGGCUUAGCUUUUUUUUCACUUGCUAGGUUUCUGUUGACAGGAAAGCAUGUAGUUGCAACUUCACAAAGUGAAAACUAGGGCUGAGCUGGAACUUCUUGCAUGCUUUUGCUUUUGCUGAGGUCAGCUGAGCGAGUUGUGCAGUCCCCUAGCUAGCUGGGAAACGGCCAAAUUGCAUGGGGAGUCUUGAGGCACGAAUAUUUUCUUUUCAUGAGCCUGUUCAUGGAUUCAGAGAAAUGGUCCACCCUGUUGAAAGGGCAAGAUUCAGCACAAUAAUGCACCAAAUCCACAAAACGCAGCUGAGGGCCUUUAAGAAAAGAGCCUGUUGCAAUUAUGGCAAUCGUCUUGAUUUCUGUUGAACAGCUGUUAUCCAAAAAGCAGCAAGUGCACAGGCUUACGUUUGCCCCCAAAGAAAGCUGCAAAGUUUUGCCCUCGAGGGGUUUGCACGAAAUCCAUUUGUCUACCAGUUGACAAUGCAAAUGUUGUUGCUUAGUGUCCUGGGCUGCAGCCGAUGGCUGUAUUUCGGGGGUUGUUUUGUGACGCUUGUCCCUUCUCUUUACAAUCUCUGCCACUUGAGGAUGCCUCUCCCAGCAUUUGCUCACAGAACUGCUCUCGCAAGUUACUCUGUGAAUUGGGAAAGGGUAUUCAUGAGUCAGAGUGGAUUCACAUUUUGUGCAGCAAACGUGUUUAACAACAUUAAGUGUGAAGUGUGCAUUUGUAAACACUCAGCGGACAUGUGCUGAGGAACCUCUGUAGAUCAGAGUUCCCAGCACCUGUUCACCUCAAGUCAGCGAGCUUAACAAACAUGCGCCUGUGCUUUAGGAGGCUUCCUGAUGCAAACACACUUUCCACAUAAAAGGCAAGCUGACCCAAUAUUGCAAAUGGGGCAAUCUGAUUUGCAUAAAUUGCAUUGCUAGUAGAAAUAAGUCUCUUAGCCCUGGCUCAUAUCUUUAGGAACCAAUACCUAUUUCCCCAGGGGCCUGAUUACAUGACUUCUCUCUGCCUGAGUGAAAUCAUGUGAGGGGGCCUUUUGCAAGAAUUGUAUUUGCCUUGUUCAUAUGUUAACUUUACCUGCACAGUAGUAACAGGCCACUGCACAGGGGAAUUUGAAACGUUGCUUGGAUUGAAUGCUCUCUGGGGCACAAGUUAUUUUAUGCGUUACUCAGUUUUCUCCUAUGUACACGUUUUGAGUUUAGGUCCUCCGUGCCUGUUAUGUGUUGUACAUGAAGUAAUUAUGCACUUAUAAAUGAUCUCUAGUAAUGAAAUAAAACCACAACCAUAAUUGUGAAGCAGUCUUUACAAUUCUGUUCCAUCGCAGGUAGACAUUUAGUGGAACUCAAUUAACAUUUACCCCUUUUCAGUUUUAAAAGCUAUAAAUAAAUAAAUAAAUAAAUAAAUAAAUAAAAUUUAUUUAUUUAUUUAUUUAUUUAUUUAUUCAUUCAUUCAUUCAUUCAUUCAUUCAUACCACGCCCUCGCCGGCCAGGACCAGGCUCAGGGUGGCUAACAUCAAAACACACAAUACAUUAAAAACACAAAAAUCGAACACUUGAUUAAAAUACAGCUUAAAAUCAAAUUAAGAUCAGAAUGGCAACGCACGAAUUAUAACUAUAGGGGUUGGGAACAUUAAGUGUGCACCAAGCCCCAACUCUUCCCAUUUGUGUUAUUUGUGUGAGUCUUAGCUAUUUGUGCUGAUUUUAUAUGAGCCGGUGGGAAAAGUUAGGGUUGUACUAGAUAAAUAAAGGUUAUACUAGAGUUGGAUUAAGCAGCUUUGUGUUUAUGGCAAAGAAAGUACAGUGGUGCCUCGCAAGACGAAAUUAAUCCGUUCCACGAGAGUCUUCGUCUAGCGGUUUUUUCGUCUUGCGAAGCAACCCUAUUAGCGGCUUAACGGAUUAGCGCUAUUAGCGGUUUAGCGGCUAUUAAAGGCUUAUCGGCUUAUCGGAUUAGCUGCUAAAAGGCUAUUAAAGGCUUAGCGGCUUAGAUAAAGGGGGGAAAAGCGGGGGAAAAAUCUCAAGACUCGCAAGACAUUUUUGUCUUGCGAAGCAAGCCCAUAGGGAAAUUCGUCCUGCGAAGCAACUCAAAAACGGAAAACCCUUUCGUCUAGCAGGUUUUCCGUCUUGCGAGGCAUUCGUCUUGCGGGGCACCACUGUAUGAUUUCAGGCAGGAAGUAAGGAACCUAGAUUUAUAACAUGACAGUUUAAUAUCACAGGCUUGACUCAGAGAAUCUUUUCAGAGGGCUUUCAAAUAGCAAGCAAACAAACAAACAAACAAACCUAAACUUGUUAUUAUGCCUAAUCUUGUAAAUAAACCCACAUACGGUAAUUUACUAACCCAUAAAAACUUGAAUCAACCCACCUGUCCACAUUGUACUUAGGCUAGUCAUUUGUGAUUUGUGACCGUGAGCAGUCUGUAAUGUUACCCUGUCUGGUCAACAGGAAAUGAUAGUUACUUAUCACAGAAAGCCAUGUACAAGCAUGCUUUCAUUUUUUUAUAUACAGUAUAUUUUAUAGCUUACAUUUUAAGCCAGCUCUUUAUCCAAGGAGCCCAGGCUCUCUUUCUGUCCAUUGUAUCCUCACAGCAAUCAGGCAAGAUACUGUGACCAGCUAAAGGAUACAUAGUCAACUUCAUGGCUCAACUCAAAUCUCCCUGGUCUAGUACAACUCUUGAACCACUAUAUCACAUUGUUUCUUAACUUAUGUGCUGAGUGAAUAGGAGUUUGCUCAAUUUCAAGAGAUGCAUCCUGUACACGUUCAUGGAUUUUUUUCCUCUUAAAUUGUUCAGUAAUCUGCCCAAUGUAGAAAGAUCACUGCCGAAACCUAUUCGGUACCAAUCCUUCAUGCUAAAAACUUUUGAUGCUUUCUCAGUGAAAUAAAGUAUUUUAAAAUGAUGUGAAAUAGUGGAGACUACCUGUAAUAGUGCUCUUGUAAUCCUUUUUUUGUACUUUGUUGUGGGCAAAUGAAUUUUCUCUCCCUUUUAUAGGAUAUGAAAUCAUUUUGUUUCUUUGCAGAUUCUCGUAUGGCCGACUUGAGGCUUUCAACAAAAACUGCAUCCAGGGACAUUGGAGAAUCGUUUAAGGUGAGAACUGGAAGGGGAAGCAAGAGCUACACAAUCAGCUAGGAGCAUUUAUACUUAUUUUCAGACACUGCCAUAGAACAGUGCUGAAGCAGAAACCUAGGAAAUAAGACUGACCUCUUUAAUUAUUAUAUACAAAUCUGUCAUUUUAUUAGGUAAGGUAAGAUUGUUCAUUUGGACACAACUGAGCUAAGGUAGAAGGCUUCAAAAUUCUCUGAGUUUCAGGGAGACAACUUUAUUUUAUUAAUUUCCUGCAGUAGUUUCUAGUUCUCCAAAAUGGCCCUGUUCUCCCUGCUGCAUUUAGCAUUUCAGCUAGACACUAAAGGUGUCUUAGCUCCUUGGGAUUUACUGUCCCAUGUUCAUUGCUGGCCUGGUAAGUUUAUGAGUGAGUUCAUUUGCAUGGUAAUUAUGUCCUCCUGUGGGUCACCUCUAUCAUUAGUAAGCCACUAGUCCUAUAUUUUUACAUGGAAUAAAUUAAAAAGUAUGUUCUUUCAGCUUCAGUCUUCUAAAUCUAAAAGAAUAAUCAUGUAUGCUCUUAUGUAUUGGGACGCGGGUGGCGCUGGGGGUUAAACCACAGCGCCUAGGACUUGCUGAUUGGAAGGUCGGCGGUUCGAAUCCCCGCGACGGGGUGAGCUCCCGUUGCUCAGUCCCUGCUCCUGCCAACCUAGCAUUUCGAAAGCACAUCAAAGUGCAAGUAGAUAAAUAGGUACCGCUCUGGCGGGAAGGUAAACGACGUUUCCAUGUGCUGCUCUGGUUCGCCAGAAGCGGCUUAGUCAUGCUGGCCACAUGACCUGGAAAAACUGUCUGCGGAAGCGGACAAACGCCCGGCUCUCUUGGCCAGUAAAGCGAGAUGAGCACUGCAAACCCAGAGUCAGUCACGACUGGACCUAACGGUCAGGGUUCCCUUUACCUUUACCUUAUAUAUUGGACAUUUAGUAUUUAUAACAGAUUAGAUAACAAAUAGAAGCUAAAUUAACUCCCUUCUGGCUUAGUUCUUUGCCACUAAACAGUAGGUGAAAUGGAAUUUGUAGGAGGCGAAAUGGAAUUUACAUGUUUUGGGUUGUAUCCAACUAAGGUUUUUUCAAAGUAGACAUUGAAAUUAAUGAGCCUAAAUUAACAGAUAUCAUUAAUGUCAUUGAGUCUACUUGGAGUAGGAAUAACAUUGGAUACAAGCCCUUUGUCUUUAAACAUUUGAAUGUUUUGAGCAGAGUUUUAUAGCAGGGCCUCUGUGCUCUUGUUGUUUGACCAUGGUGUAGUGCAGUGUGGGAAAUAAGAUACAUUAUUAAGGUAAUGGGGUCAAAGAUAAAAGUAGGCAAUCGUUUUUGCAACUCUAGAAGAUGUGAAACGUCAUUCUUUUGAGCCUUGCAAAUGAAUGCUGAAAUUGUGAAUCAGUCUCAGUGAAGGUUUUGGGAAUCUGAUUGUUGUUGAGUUUGCAGUACUGCAAUUCAUACUUGUACCUUUUUCACUAACUUAAAACCUGUUCUGUUCUCCCCACCCCAGUCUCUGUCAUCCCUUGUAGAAAAAGCAGAGGGUUUCUCAAAAGCAUUGUCUAUGCAACCAACUUUGGGAUUAUGCAAACUCCAUCAAGAAAUCUGUUCUGGCUCAGAAGUGAAAAGGCGGAUAACAUUGAAGUCAAAGAUCUUUUUGUCGCAAGUGGAAGUCACACCCCCAGAAAGUGGUACCAGUAAUUCCAUUCUACUGAAAAAAAAGAGACGAUCUUAUUCCCCACAGAAACACUACCCACUUCGAGCAGGUGUAAUUAAUCUUGAUACAUGAAAACCUUUUUGUGGGGGACUACUGUGUAGUCUCCCCUGUCCCCGAAUCUGUCCACAUAAACAUAGACUGGUUCGCAAAAGCAUCAGUAGUGAUGUCGCCUGGAAUCCAUACCACCAAACCGAUCUUAUCUGGAAGUUACAGAGUUUUGUUGUUGGGUCCUCUCAUAUAGCUCUGAAUACUUCGCUGGACCAUUUCUUACUAAUUUUGAGCAUUGUUCUUUGAAACCUGAGGCUGCUAUGCUUUUGCUGUAUUAUAGCAGACUUAUCCAGCUACAACGUCUUGAGUUGCUUACAACUUCUGAAUGGCCAGGGAUCUCCAGGGCGUACGUGCAGGAAGCUGUGCUCUAGUAAAGCUCAGUUCAAGCAGAAGACUCCAUGCUAUGGGGAGCAAAGAAGAAAGCUAAAAAAACAAAACCUUGCUGCAGACGUCCAAGUCUUUUGACAUAGAAGGGCUGGUGGAUCACAGCAACAGUUUGCAAUUGUGUGUCAGUAUUGCUUCAGCAUAUAGUUUAUUUGCACAGGUUUGUUGCGAACAUCAGGAGAUAGGUGCAGGCAGAACUGGAUGUUUGGUUGCAGAAUCAGUCUCCACUAAACAUCUAGGAAAUGAUGGAGGAAGGAUCCAGUUUGGAGGUUGGCAGGAGUGUUUAAGCCAUUCCACACUUGCUUCUUCUCCUCUGCAUUCCCUUUCCCAACUGCUUUUCUCCUAGUUACAGAACUAAUGCACCGAGGAUUCCUGCUGGGCAAAGGUUAUGUAGGGGACGUAUAGCAAGUGAGGAAACAACUAAGGAUCUGUUGCAUGCCCACCAUUUCUUCCUUCCAAAACUGUUUAAAUGUUGAAUGGCGACGCAGGUACCAAAACAUAGGUCUGCCACCAGAUGUGUUGUUUUGUCCUGAAAAGUAACCUGGAAUAUAUGCAACAUUUGGAAUUGUAAGGGAAUUCUUGGCUUGCAUGUAUUGUGACAUCUUGAGACAGUGUUCAUUAUGGUGUGUUUAUACGUCUGGCCUUAACCUUCUUAUGGUCUCUUGAGUACUGCCCUCAUCUGUACCUCAAGCGUACAAGGUUUAGGAUUACUAAUCCAUGUAGUAGAUUGAAAGUGUUUAGAUCACAGUAUAAAUCUAGAAUUCUCAUAAGUUAAUUUUGAGCCAUGCUGCUUUUCUGUCAAACUUGCCAGUACAUCUUUGUUUGCCAUUCUCACAAAAAGUGGAAGAGAUGGCCUCUUUUAGGGGUCUCUUUAGAACACAGUGCCUGAUCAUAGAUGGGCAGUUCAACUGCUGAUCACCUAAAGCCAGAGGGGAAUGUACUUUUGAGUUGCAUCUGCCUGCUGAAAGGAGUGGAGUGAGCUGAAACAGAAUUGUUUGUUCUGAACCUGGCAGCGUAUAUUCAAGGAGAGCUGUAAAAAAGCUAUUUUGAAUUUGGGGGUACAGGACUUGUAUGCAUGCUUGCUUUGCCACAGAAUGCUUGGUCAGUGUGUACAUUAGUACAUACAUUACUACACUUACUUAGCUUCCCCUGCCUGUGAAAUUCCCACCAUUUCGGAAACAAUAUAUAUACAGUUUAAAACAAGACUACAUUGGUGAGGCUUAUUUAUGAAGUACCUAAAUCAAUGUUAUUAUCAGGUAUUGUUUUCUUUUUUCCAAGUUGAAAUUUACUUAGAAUUACAUUUUUUUCCUGAAAAUGGAGGAAAAAUGCUUGCCUCAAUGUUAAUUAUUGUGGGGUGAAUCCAUCUAAAUCAUAUUUGGAGUAGAUUCAUUAAAAUCAAUGGAUUUAAGCUAAUCAUGUUUAUUUCAAUGGGUUUACUCUAAAUAUGACCUAAUUGGAGUUCAUCCUGUUUCUUUUAAAAAAUAUUCAUUAAACAGUCUGGCCAAAAUACUAGGAGUGGUAUCUGAAUGGUUGGUAGUCGUUAGACAUGCCCAUUAAUGUCAAUAGAUCUCCUCUUAAGUAUGUCUAACAUACUUAACCUCACCCUAGAAACAUAUUUAACUCUGCUCUUGAAAUUCUAUUUUUAAAGAUUGUGCUUGUGGAAUAGGCCUUGCACAGUGAACAUGUACACUUGCCUUGUCUCAUUUGUAAAAUGUAUAUUUGUAUAUAAAAUACAUUUUUUGUAUACCACAUUCAUCAAAAUGAGAU